AUGCAUCCAUUACCUGAUGCAAUGCUGGAUCGGUUUUAUUCAGAAAUUUUACCAAAAAUUCACCAUAAAAUCAAAUGGCUUGAUCUUGAACCAACAUCUUUGGAACGUAUUCUUCUUGCUGCAAAUUGUUCUAAUUUAUAUGAAGUUAGUUUAAUUCUGAAUAAGGCAGAAAUAUUUUAUUAUUAUUUAGAUGUCACUACUUUUACUCGUACAGUCAAAAGUAUACUAUCAUCACUUCUUAUCGGUAUUAGUAAAUAUGAAAGCUAA